UGACUCCCACUGCCUUGAAUCGGAGAGUGAACUCUUCCGAGAAUCGUCUUCCAGCCUUAAACUCUACGAAACAAACAAGGAACAGAGCACACGUUUUAUAAAAUCACUUUCAGAAGAAGAAGAAACAGAAGAAUAAGAAACAGAAGAAGAAGCGUUAUUCUCACCAGAACUCAAACUGUAAGGUUUCUACUCCCUCCAUAACUCUAAAAAAAAAAAGGGCAACCGCCAGGGGGCGACACUAAUCUGUUUAUGCUGCAGUGUGCAAUCUCUCAUGGUAGAAUAAACGUACGUGGCUCUAUGUUGCUUCUUUCUUAUCCCUGAGGAACAAUGGAAAGACGUGAGAUGUUGGAGUCUGAAGAUUCUGACAUUGAGGAGGGACAGGAUGUGGUCCGACAUAAGACUAAACUUAUUUAUCAGGACACAUUUCCAUACAUCCACAUGGAGCCACCUGACAUUAUUUACGAGCGGUGGGGCAAAAUAAAUCCCGAUCUGAGAAGAGAAGCCGGACACUUGCUGCACAUCUCGGUGUUCUGGUGGCAUAUUCUGUACCGGCAACAGGACAAUCACAGUACUACAGCCUGGGCUGUGGACAUGGGCUUCUUGGACUCCAAUGUUUCAAAUGAUUUGAGUUUGAAAAGGCUGCACAGAAUUGAAAUCUUGGAGCUCAUUCUUGACACUGUGGAAAAAUGUCUGGCAGGCAUGGAUCCUGAGAGGAAAGCGAGAGAGUUGAUAAUGAUUAGCAUGUCUAUUAGAAUGGAGGAUGAUGGUCUUAUGAAGGCAGUCAGCUGGCUAAAUGAAUCUGGUCCUCCAGGUCUAAGCAGGAGGAUCCUUGAUCUUGGAUCAAAGCAAAUACGCCACCAAGUUCUAGAUUUUGUAUUUUCUGAGUAUUCUCGUUUCAUACAGGUGAUGUCAUGUAGCAGAAAGAAGAUGUUUAGGGAGCUGUCGUUAAAUCCAGAGCAGUGGUGUUUACAGAAAAGUGAAGAAAUGAAGAACAAAGGGAAUGAGCAAUUUCAGAAGAAAAAGUUUGAUCUUGCAGUGAAAUGGUACACAAAGGCCAUUAAAUACCAUACCAACAAUCACUUCUUGUACGGGAACAGAGCACUCUGCUAUAUUCGUUGUGAAAAAUACCUGAAAGCAAUGGGUGAUGGUAAGCGAGCGAUUCUACUGCAGCGAGACUGGGCAAAGGGCCACUACCGUUUCUGUGAUGCUUUGUUCUUCCUUGGAGCUAGAGACAAAGCAGUAGAAGCCAACAUUACAGCUCAGGGCUAUUGCAGUGCUGAUCCGGAGGGAAUGAGAGACCUCCAGCAGCAGUACAGUCGCUUCAUGACUGAGAUUUCUGAGGGCAGAAGUAAGGGCAGAGCAUGUUCAGAAGCUGAAGGAAAACCGAAGAAAACUGAGGCUAAAAAAGGAUCCAGUAAACGACCCGAGGGAGCAUGUGGAGUAGAUCACAUGGCCCAACAUGUUCAUCCAGACAAAGCCCCAGAGGCAGCUCAUAGCUCUGAUAGUGCAGAGAAUAAGCAGAAAGCAGAAGACAUAAAGCAGGAGGAACCAUCAGGGAAGACUGUGACUGACCCUCAGGCUGAGGACGUCUUUAAAGACCCUGAAAGCGAAAUGGGGGACCGAAAGGCCAGAAAAAAGGCAGCGUCGGGCAUUCCAGAGAAACAGUCUGUAAGGAAUAAACAGCCACCUACACAGGAAAAGCCCCAGAGCAGCAGCAGCAGCAGCAGUGAAGUGUGCAGUAAGGAGCAGUUCUGUGCUGCAGUACGGGAUGCUCAUAUAGCACUCAGUGACCAGCGUUGCCGCAACGCAGAGCAGUCUUUCUCUGAGGCACUCAGGAUUCUGGGCUCCAGUGGGACCAAGGAUCUCAGCAUAACUGAACUGGACAGAACUUUGUUGAUCUAUGGUUAUGCUACAGCCCUGAUAGAAAUUGGGCAACCUGAGGAAUUGGCAGAAGCUCAGCGGCAGUUUGAAAAACUAAGCUCUUCAGCAAACAGAACGUUCCAGUCCUUGGUUCAUUAUGGUUUAGGAAAGGUGUUAUUGAAGGAGAAUAAAUUUAGCAAAGCCAAAGAUGAAUUUUUGAAUGCUCUGUUGAUGGUUCAGAGGCAGAUCAUGCCAGGAAAACUGACCUGGCCAACCACUAAAGUAACUGUUGAAGAGACCUGUCCUGAAUAUUUAAAGGAGCAGCUUGAGAGGUUUAUUGAGACCUGCAAAUUCCCACCUAAGCCGGAUGCAGUUUGCCGACAUUGCUUGGGACAAGCCUUUAUAUAUUUCACAGAUCCAGACUUUAAGGGCUUCAUUCGAUUGUCAUGCUGUCAGAGCUGCAAGGUGGAGUAUCAUAUCAAUUGCUGGAAAAAGUUCAAAGCUGCUUCAUUUUCUGACAAGAAUGACAAGGAUUUCCUGCAGGAUUUGUGUUUUACUCCUGACUGUACUGGUACAGUCUGUCGAUUUGUCAUAUUUGACUCAACUGGUCUUAUUAAGUGUGAGUUUAAAUCACCUAUUUCUAAAAGCAAAGUUCCUGGGAUGAGAGUCAAGCAGAAAUGUACAAGUCUUAAGAAGCUCAAAUCUAAAGAGGAACGAAAGCUGCGGCGGAAACAACAGAGGCUGGCUACAUCCGUAAUCCAGAAUGAGUCGAACAGUUUAAAAAUAGAAGAUAAAACUGAAAACGGAGCAGACAAAGGCAUUGACCAAUCAUCGUUCAAGGAUUGUGCUGUAUACGGAGAUCGUGUUUUACACCAAAUUGAUAAAAACAGAGAUCUUUUUAACGAUGAGAGCCACAAUAUUUCUAGUAUGCUGGUGUGUCUGAGACCGUGGAUGAAGUUGGAUGAGGAUAAGGGUCAUGUAAGCAUAUUGAAGGACCGUGCAGAACCACGGGUUCUCAGGGAGCUGGUGGAUCUGCUGUUGGAGAGAAAGAACAGGGUUUGGGCCAGAGUCUUUCUUCAUAACCUCAGUGGCUGCCAAGAUGUCAAGCCUAAAGUUCAUGAAUGGGCUCAGCAACUUAACAAUGCUGGUCUGAAAGCUGCUGAGAACUUUAUUGGUCAAUUUGGUGAUGAACUGGAAAAACUGAAUCUCUCUUCCCUGUUGGAGUCUCCCCCACUACACGAUGUAUUUUCUAAUAAGGGCUUUCCUUUAAUAGAGUACCUGAGACAAGCUCCACCACAGGAAAUGCGCCUCUUUAUUUGGACUCUAGAGGAAUACCGAGAGCACUACCCUUCCUGGUUCACUAUCCUUGAUGACUAUUUUGAAAUGGAUGCAGUAUGUUUAGUGUUAAAGAAGACCGAAAAAGAUGACCUCUUAAGUUCUGUUUAUAAGAGUAAAAGCAAAAAUCGAAAAAAGAAGCAGAAAGAACCAAAGUCUGUCUUGCUUCUAUCGGGGAUACGAAGAGAUGAAGAGGACGAUUUCUUCUUUGAGGAAGAUUCACUGAUGCUGCUCGAUGGUGAUGAUCCUUUUAGUGUUCCAGAUAAUUUGAGGGAGCAGGUUGCAGAGUUUGAGGGGCAGUAUGUCACCUCGGGAUACCUUAAACACUAUAAGAGAUUUCUGGACAACGACCCAGAUCCAACUAAAGAGAGUUUAUAUGAUUACUUUGCACAGAUUCUGGAGGAGCAUGGCCCUCUCGAGGUGUCAGACCAACUGCUUGUGGGCGAGCUGAAGAACUUUCCCCCUGAAGCGCAGCAAAAGAUUGAAGCUGCUGGAGGACUUGAACAUUUCCUGCUUGAGUCACUUCGAUUUGUAAUUUAUGACGGCAUCAUCGGACUGACGUCACAUGCUGUGUGCUUACAGCACACUGUGGAUGAUGAUGCCUUUCUAUUGGCAAACUUUCCCCCUCAUACUUGGAGCAAGGUUGAUUCAGAGCCUAAAGGAUCCUCCCAUCUCAACCCCACGGCCAAAGAGUUCCUGCCCCAGACUAAACAUUUGAGUCUGAAUGACAGCAGUGAAUCUUAUGAUCAUGCUACUUGUCCUGUUCUCCCAAGUCCUUAUGUUUUUCCCCCUCAAAUUUCUCAGAAUUUAAAUUAUACAUUUGGUCUGCAAGAUAUGCCUGGAACUGUAAAACCUGGUGUACAAGAAGCAGAGUAUCAUGAUUACUUCCCUGAUGUCCCACUGGAUGCAUUUAACGCUGAGGCUCUCAGCUCUGUUAAUAAUUAUAUUCAUUUUAAAGAAGCCAUAUGUCAUAAUAGUAAGACCAUUUUUGUUCAGACGGUUUGGGGUAACAAAGAUACCAGAGAUGAUGUUGCCAUUAAUACAGAACCAUAUGCACAGUUUGAAAAGAACAGAGGAGAUAUGACCCAAACAGAAAAAAACAACAUAAAAUUUGAAAAACGCAUCCAAAAUUUGAAGGAAAUGCUUAAGGCUUUUCAAAACGAAAGAGGAGAGUCAUGUUCUGCACUUGAAGCUGAAGUGAGGGAAAUUAAUCAGCACAUAGAGAUUUCCAACAAAGAACUGACUUUGUUCCAACAAAAGCUUGAGGAUGAGGUACGGAAAGAUCAGCAGGAGAAGCGAGACCACCAAGAGAUGCUGAAGGUUUUAAAGGGUGAGAUCAAAGAGCUGGUGAAUUUUCAGGAGAGUAUUUCCAAGCUAAUCCAGGAUAAGAAUGUGGAGUAUCAGAAAGAACUGGACCAUUUCCUUGCAGUAAGUAACCAAUGGGCAGCUGAGAAGAUGAGUUUGGAGGAUAAAAUAAAGAAAUAUAGAGAUCUGUGUGCAAAAGCAACCAGUCGAUCACUGGCAGGACAAGUGUCCGUCCUGAAAAAUAGGCGAGAACGUGGGCUGCGUGGCUUGAGGAAGUACUUGUCAAAUGGGAAAGCAAUUCUAAAACACCUGACUGAGAUAUCACCCACGUAUCCAUCUGCAAAUCUCGGUUCCAUCACUGAGGCCUGGAAAUCAUUCGUACAGGAAGUUGAGGAGAAGAUCGUAAGAGCCGAGACGCAGUAUGAAGAGCAGAUAGAGUUUGUGAAAAAGGGCACCAGCUUGUCCUCUCUCCCUGCAGUUGGCAUACCAAGCACCCCUGCUCUUCCUCUUGUACCGGCCUUUCUUCAGCCAUUGUCCAGUCCGCAGCCAGUUUUUCAGCAUGCACACCCACACACCCCAUAUGGAGUUCAGCAGCAUCCUGCCAGACCUCAAACACACAUGGCAGUAAACACACACCACGCCAUGCACACACCUCCAGCAGCCAGUGAGAACGCUGCUGCUCCAGCGCCCCCUGCAGCCUCAGGUCCAGUUCAGCCUCCACAGCCGCUCGCUGUAUUUGAGAGGAUCCUGGAUCGUCUCAGCUCCAUGUUCCCUCACUACAGCAAAUCGGUCCUGACAAAAUUUAUUCAAGAGGUCCGCGUUAUGAACGGUGGCAGUCUGAGUAUGAUGAAGUAUGAAGAAGUGAUUAACAGAGCUGCUCAACUCAUCCUUGACCACCAGGAACACUCACAAGAGCAGAUGAACUUUGCAAGUGGAGAUGUGGCUGGAGUGAGAGAUUUAGCAGUACCAAGUCCAACUCCUCCCAGUGACCCCCCCAGAGCUUCUGCAACUCCCCCACCUGCACAUGUGUGGAAGAGCGUGUCCUCUCAGCAUCGCAAGUCUUCCAGAGCUCUGAACAUGGAGGACCCUUGCAUUAUUUGUCAUGAUGAUAUGACACCUGAGGACCUGUGUGUGCUGGAGUGUCGCCAUAGCUUCCACAGAGAGUGCAUAAAGUCCUGGCUGAAGGAGCAGAGCACUUGUCCCACUUGCCGAGAGCAUGCACUUUUACCUGAGGAUUUCCCCAUGCUGCCAGGACGACAUCGACGGGGACACAUGCAUGCAGCAACCUUCUCUUAAAUAUAUUGUUGUGAUCAAUCUGUAUAACCAUAUUUAUACAAUAAUCAUAUAAUGUAUAACAGUUACAUAGAAUUUUCGAUAUUAAUAAAGAAAUGUCUAUUAUAUAGCUUCCAUAAUUUGCUAUAUAAUGUAGUAACCAGAAUAAAGCAGUUACUGAAUAUGUACUGUAUGUAAUAUAUGUUUUUUUGUUUUUAAAUUAGGGAGUUGUGGUUGUAAAUUCACACGUCAACAGAGUGGACAGUUCAGUUUUGCUUUAUGUUUAUGAUUUGUUUGACCUUGCUCCUGCAGUGUGUUAACCUCUUAAUCCACAGUUAUUAAGGACCAAUCAGUAUUUCGUUUUAAUGAAUGUUUUAUAUGUUUUUUUUCUGUAAUAUUUAUCCUGAAACUGUUUGAUUAUGUUUACAAUAUUGAUCAGCUUCAUGUUUGUUUUUUUUUUUUUGUUUUUUUUU